AUGCCGAACAUUAAACAAGAACCAGGAGUAACCUCGAAUGGAACAGGAACUAAUUCAAAACGAAAAGCACCUACAAAUAUCGAAUCAACCACAACAGAUAACAACGAAAUAAAUGACCAACUCGAUAAAGAUUCAUCAAUAACAGAUAUAGACGAUUCGAGAAACUCGAAAAACAUUAAAUCGCCAAAACGCGAACAAUCAAUAAGCACAGACGGCGUGGAGCCGUCAGAUUCCGGUAAUUCAAGUAAACGACGUGCACCAUCUCCGGUACGAGAAGAGGGGACGAAACCACCACCAGAGAAAAAACAAAAAGCGAAAAAAGAGAAGGAAAAAAAACCGAAAACGAAUGGACGCAACAAAGGACCAAUUGACUUGGAUAAGCAAUGUGGGGUAGUAAUGAUCCCUGGGACACCUCCAUGCACGCGUUCAUUAACUUGUAAAAGUCAUCCGAUGGCUGCAAAACGUGCGGUUCGUGGUCGAUCACAGCCAUAUGACAAUUUACUACAACAAUAUCAAAAAAAAUCGAUUGAUAACAAUCAACCUGGUAUGAAAAAUGAAAUCGGAAAAAAGGACGGGAUGAAAAUCGAGGGCGCUGAUAAAACAGAGGAAGAAGAUAUUGUUUCGGAUGAUGAAGUGGAUUCAGUAAUGGAAGCGAUCCGGCGUAGUAACCCUCAACCACUUGCGCGACGAAAAUCUAUUUAUGCGAAAAGACCUAGGACAGAUUAUUUUAAUUAUCAAAGCAUGAUUUCGGAUGCAUUUAAAAAUAAUUGA